GGCUUCUCCCUGCCCCACGCGGUCAGCAAGCUGCACGUGGCGGGGAGGGACAUCACGGAGCACCUCACGCGGCUGCUGCAGGCGGACGGGCGCGCCUUCCCCUGUGCGCUGCCCCGGGCCCUGGUGGAGGACAUCAAGGAGAAGCUGUGCUACGUCGCCCGGGAGCCCGAGCAGGAGCUGUCGCGGCGGGCGGAGGAGGUGCUGCGGGAGUACAAGCUGCCGGACGGGAACAUCGUCUGCAUCGGGGACCAGCUGUUCCAGGCGCCCGAGGCCCUGUUCGCGCCCGAGCAGCUGGGCGUCCAGACCCCGGGCCUCUCCCGCAUGGUCUCCUGCAGCAUCGGCAAGUGCGACGCCGACAUCCAGGGCGCCCUCUACGGGGAGAUCGUGCUGUCGGGGGGCAGCACCCUGUUCCAGGGGCUGGACGACCGGCUCCUGAAGGAGCUGGAGCAGCUGGCCAACAAGGGGACUCCCAUCAAGAUCACGGCGCCCCCCGACAGGUGGUUCUCCACGUGGAUCGGCGCCUCCAUCGUCACCUCCCUGAGCAGCUUCAAGCAGAUGUGGGUCACCUCCGCCGACUUCCAGGAGUUCGGGACCUCGGUGGUUCAGAGGAGGUGCUUCUGA